AUGCUCUCUACAGACAAGUUGCGGCUCUUGAACUCGUCUCGCGUCGGAGCAGUCCUUGGAGUAUUUUUUACUCCAAAUUCUCCUCCGGUUAUUGGAUUUGGCGCUAGUCCUGUUAGUACUACUUUCAAUGGGCAAGAUGCUGUCCAUCGCGGGGCCCCAAAGUGGUCUGAUUGCUUUGAUCCCACUUUGAUCCAGCAAUACUGGCAGGGAGAUAUGAGUGUCCAUACUCAUAGUCUGGUGGUUUCCCUCAGUGGGCAAACACGGUUGAAAAUGCCAGCGUCGCAGCGGGAUUUUGUUCAAGCAACAAAGCCUGCAAUGCUGGUUGGGGACUUUUCCAAGGUCCUUCUGAUUCCUGAUGGAUGUGGUGCCCCGGUGGGCCUUUAG